UUGAAUUUAACAUGUGAAGAUAUUGUUUGUUUCCGCUUCUGACUCCCUCUCUCUAUACUAUCGUUGUAACCUGUAAGCAUGAACCGGCCGCAGUGGAAGCAACUUCUACGGCAGCUACCACCGCCGCCGAGUGCGGCGGCCGCCACCGCAUUGCCACCGGUUAUACGCUCUCCAUUUUCCUUUGAUCGAACGGUUUUCCCCUUUUCACCCAACAUCCAAUCCAAGCCACUGAGCUGCAAAGCUCAAGCUUUCGACGACAGUGAUGAGCACUACUACUGCAGAAAGUCGCUCAAAUACUGGGACAAGUUUUACCAGCGCCAUCAAAACAAGUUUUUCAAGGACAGGCAUUAUUUGGGUAAAGAUUGGGGAAAGUAUUUUUGUGGUGAUGAUGAUGAUGAUGAUGGGGUUUCUGCAGAUGGGAAAGUGCUUUUAGAGGUUGGUUUUGGAGCUGGUAAUACUAUUUUUCCUCUGAUUGCUGCCUAUCCCAUGCUUUUCAUUCACGCAUGUGAUUUUUCGACCGAGGCAUUGAAUCUUGUUAAGUCUAAUUCGAAUUUUGAUGUAAAACGGAUGAAUGUAUUUACUUGUGAUGUCACGAAUGAAGAGCUCUGCGACAGAAUUUUGCCGUCUUCUGUUGAUCUUGUAACCUUGAUUUUCAUGUUAUCUGCAGUUUCUCCAAAGAAGAUGCCCUUCGUGCUACAAAAUGUAAAGAAAAUACUUAAGGUUGUUACGAUUGGCAGUUGCUUUCAUAUCCAUUUCCCUUUACUUUUCUGGCAUUCAUUUUCUUCAUGUGAGAUUAUGUGUGGCUCGUUUUCACAGCCAAAUGGUCACGUUCUAGUCAAAGAUUACGGUGUUGGAGAUUCUGCACAAGUGAAGUUAGAGAACAGAAAUCAGAUGAUCAGCCAUAAUUUUUAUUUUAGAGGCGAUGGCACUUGCUCAUUUUAUUUCUCUGAAGAUUUCUUGUCAAAUUUGUUUACGGAAGCUGGUUUUUGUAUCGUGGAUAUGGAUACAUGCUGCAGACAAGUAGUGAACCACUCUCGAAAUAUGACAUUUGACCGGCGUUGGAUACGUGCCAUCUUCAAGAAGAUCGACUCUUAAUUCCUUGCGGCAGUUUGUCAAUUUUUACGAGCUUCGAAGGGUUUAAUCCUAGUUGUGAUUGAUACAAGAAAUGAUUACAAGGGAAUAUGUUAUGCUUCACAUUAAUGGAUGAAAGCAAGCUGACAAUGGGCCCGUGAAUAUCUUAAAAUCUUGAAGUUGCUGAUCUUUUGUUUUAGGAAAUGAAUCAUCCACCAGCUUAUGUGUAAGAGAAUAUUUAAACGAUAAGUGCCUUUGUAAGGUUGGCAGGAAAAAUUAGUCAUGGUAUUUAUCCCCGAGAACGUUGUAACACCUACAUAAACUAUUUAGAAUACAGCUGAAAUAAGAUACGACAGCCCGUUUGGUUUGCUA